GUGAAUUAUUAAGGUAAACAACAGGCCGAGCGGACGGACGGUGGCACUGCAGGGGUCUUCUGCGCUGAGAAUGCAUUCCAGGAAAUUUGUGGUUUCCAAUACCGGCACAGUGAAUACACUAAAGAAAUAUUCUAUCAGUGACCGAGAAAUCCUUAAUAAAAGGAUAAAAACCAACCCUCGUUAUUCUGGAGUUCGUCCACGCACCAACACUGGCUUCAAUACACAGAGACGUCAAGAACUUGAACUAGAAAUUCGCAAAUAUUACAAGGUCAGAAAUGAUGAGGUUUAUCGUCGCAUUUCCCUGGCUGAUCUCCUGCAGCUGAUGCUUGCCCAUGCAGAAGAUGUUGAAGCUGCAGAAUGUGAUAACCAGAAUAUAGAAAAGGAGCAAGAGACAGCAGAGGUACCCUUAAAAUACAGAGAUGAAGUGGAAAAUGUUCUUCAUAAAAUGACAGAACUUGAGAUGGAAGGGAGACCUAAGCCACCAGAGUGCCCAUAUGUGAUCAUAGACAUUCGUCCUUCUCAAGAUUAUCAAGAGUCACAUUUAGUAACUUCUGUAAAUCAUCCUGCAUCCCGCAUGUCCAGAGCUGUUGGUUGGGAAUGUCCAGAGCUCCUAAUGUACAAAAACCAUUCAGAAUUUAUUAUUGUUGUAUAUGAUGAUGCUGAAGAUGUGGCACCUGAGGUUGCUGCCACACUACAACAUCGUGGUUAUAGCAAUAUCUUCAUGCUAAGUGGAGGUCUUCGCAUAGCCAAAGAUAAAUUUGGUUUUCCCCUAGUCACAGAUGACACCUCGCGUAUUCUUACUCAGGACGCUGCAAAGGAGAUAGCGCAACAGGUGUCAGUUACAGUCAUUCCACCUCUGAGCAUGGCUGAUGCAUCAGACUGGUGGGAGGCAGCUUCAAGGAUCCCAAACUACGUAGCUCCUACUGAUCCUGCGAUGACCACCACACCCUCAACAAUCAACACUGGGCGUCAGACUGCCAGAUCGCAGCUGAAGAGUAGAGAUGGUCAGACAGUUCGACCUUGGCGUUAGUAGAGUGUGCUGUUUCAUACUUAAAAUGACACCCAUAUUAAGAUAAUACCAGGUGAACUUUAAUUCUUUCAUCAUAUUUUGUUUUACAUGAAUGCUACCUGGUCAUUCACCAUUUGAAAUGUAUGCUUUAAUUCAUUAUGAUAUUUCAAUACACAAAAUGCAUUCACAAUAUUCUUUCAAUCUAGUCUACCUAAAGCUUGGUUCCUAAUAUCUGUUUCAUAACUCAGUUCCUUAUUGGUUGUGUAAUAAUGGGAUGCUCUCUGUUCGCUGGUAUACAAGUUAGUAUUACUCACAUACAUAUGUUAUUUGACACAUGACUAUAAUGGUCUUUGCACAUUAUUAUUAUGUUCAUCUUGCUUUCAGAUGAUAGUUAAUGUGCUUAUUUUUUUGUUUCUGGUUUGUUCUAUGAACUACUUAUUUUUAUCUCUGUGAGGUGUUCAUAAGAGGUGAUAUUAUCUUUCUAGUACAAUCAGUUAAAGAAACAGAUCUCAUGCUGGUGCAUUUAUUGAUAAAAGCCAUAUGCCUUUUAUGCACUUGACCUUCUUUACCAUUUCUUAAUUUAUUUUCAUUUUAUUUUUUAUUUUAUUUUUUAUUUUUUUGUGCUUGCAAAUUUGGUCAUAGAGUGUUUGAAUAGUAUCUGAGUAGGAAAUACAGCUGUGCAUUUAUUGACUCUGAUUCAGUGCAAGGCCUGGAGAUGUUUUGAAAAGUGUAGUUAAUUUGAAAAGUGACUGAUAUUGAAGAGAAUCUAAUAUUUUCUUACCACUACAACUUUCUCUAUGCAACUAUAUACAGUAAUAAUGUGCUCACUUGAAAUAGAUGUCUCCCUAUGAAUGUGAUUGGUGAAUUCAGAAUUAGAGAGAUUGAUAUACUGAAAGGUAGAACAUUUACUGAAAAGAAGAACAUUUACUGAAAAGAUUAUAAAAGGCAUUAAUUCCUUUCACUGAUUAAAGUAAGUUUGACUUUUCCUCUUUCUUUUUUCUUUUUCCCAUAAAUAUCUUAAUGUAUGUAUAAUAGUGACUUUGCAUUUCCUUUUAUAUUUGUCUUCUGUGUUUUUCAUUUUAAAGACGAGAUUUCUAAUGGCGUUAUUUGAUUUGUACAAUGAUGUAUGGUUUUACGGAAAUGUUUCUUUAAGUUGAAAGAUCUGUGCUAAAUUUGACUGUGUGUAUGUUUAUAUAUACAGUCGAACCUUGUUUAACACGGGUUAGUAUCUUGAAAACUAUAAUUUUUACUAAAAAAAAUUCAAGUUGUCUCCUUAUUUGCUUUUUCUGCAAUAAGAAAGCACUUACAUUUGUUGGGACAACAUCUAAAUUCAAUACAUAAUUAGUUUACAAUUUCAUCUGAAAAUAUAACAUGCCUUAUUUAAGUAAAAGCAUUAAACAAGGUUCAACUAUUUGUAUAAAUAUAUGUACAUGUAUAUUUCAGUAAAUUGAGACAGAAAUAUUGCUGAAAAUGAUCAUCCUUCAGAUUUUGCUGAAAUUUAAGAGUAAGAAGUAUUUUGAGACUUCAAAAUGCAAUUGAUUUGUUCUGCCUUGACAGUAAUAACCAGAUCAAAGAUCUUUUAUGAAAAAUGCCUUUAGUAUAGUUAACUUUAUUGUACUAUGGUGUGCAGUCCUUUAGAAACUGCUUCAAGAUAUUUGGAAGUGAAAUUGAUAGAUAUUUAAUUUUGUAUAUGACUGAAAUAUUUGAUACACCACAGUUAGACAAAUAUGUGGAUGUCUUUGUAACAUAUACGUAUAUAUUUGCUACAUUUGUAUCGAAUAAAGAUUGAUCUAGCAUUAAGAGCUGGUUCUGCUAUGAUAGACAAACUUUGUGUAAAAGAUAAAUCUAGCUGUAUAAUGUACAUUCUAGAAAAGUUGGUGAUUCAUUUAUCAGUUUCUUCUGUAUACUACUAUGACGAGUGCUUCUUAAUCGUUUAGGGGUAAUCUAGAAAUAGUGAUUUCCAGAAUUAUUAAUGAUUAUGGUAUCGUCUUUUUAAGCUGAAGAUAAGAAAGUCCUAUAUGACGGACUCAGUGUCAUGAAAUUCCAUCUGUAGAACUUAGAUAGAAAUAGAAAUACGAACUUGGCGUCAAAAGUCAGUCUUGCUUUACUUUGUGUUUCAGAUUUCAGUUGUCAUUUUUACAUACAUAAUCAUAUUCUUGCCAUUUGUUUACAUGAAGGAUUUACUGAAAUUGAUAAAGGUAUGAAUGAGAAUGAAUAUCUUUGCAGUGCAAGAGAUGUUUUUCACCCUUUCUACAUCUAUUGCAAUGAACAUGGUUCAUCUUAGGUUUACUAAAAUUUGUUUCCCAAAUGCUGGUUUACCUCAUGGGUCCUUGGGAAAUGUGUACAGUAAUGAGAAUGUUGUCAUGUAAUAUUGGCAAACUAAUUCUCUGUAUAAUUGCUGCUACAAAGUUGUUUGGGCUGCCAUUUAUUGUUCUUCCAUGUUACAGUUUAUGUUUAUGUUUGUUCUUUACAUGCACAGAUAGUCUUUGUUACUUUUAGAUAUACUCAUGAUUUGGGUAUAUUUAACAUGUUUCAUAUCUUAUUUUUAGACUAAUAAUCAAGAUUUUAAAUAUGAUUUUACAACAAAGGCAAGUUGCUUUAUAGUAAGUAAGAUCAAGUUGUUGUUAAUAAGUAGUUCAGUAUGUUAGAUUAGCUUUAAGCAUCUAACAUUUGUGGAUAUGUUAUUAGGAGAUGACCAUGCUUGCAUAAUAAUUUUUAAAAGGUACAGUAGCUUGCAAUGUAAGCUGCAUAAUGAUUUAAAUCAAGGUUUGAGGUUACAUUAAUAAGUACCUAUAAUUAUACACAUACCUUUUUAAAUCUGAUAUACAAGUAGUGCCUAACAUGAUUUGUUGUUUGUGUGUCAAGAAAAAGAAGAAAAUUAUUACAUUUAGUAAGAUAAACAAAGCAGUGUAAAGGGAGACAUUUUCCUGAACUUUUAUUGUGAACAAGGGCUCUCUGUGCAUAGAAAGACUUGAAACAAUACCAGCAGCCCAUGAAAUGUUCCUUUUUUUAUAAAUUAUGAAGGAUGGUGUUGUGUUGUAGACUGUAUUGAACAUUCAUUUGUUUUAUGGUUGUGUGUUUGAACCAAAGUUAGAUGUUUAGAAUAGGUCAAAGAAUGUUAUAUAAACAUCUUAUUUAUUGUAUCGUGUAGAGCUUCCUACAAGUAUGAGUAUCAUAUAUGAGACAUAAGUUCCAUUCUUUAGUGAUAUGCCUUUGCCAUAGUGUAGUAGAAUAAUUAUUAUAUUGUUUGUUAGGUAUAAAUAUAUAUAUAUAUAUAUGUUCAUGAAUGUGAACUGUUGCUCACUGUGAAUUUUGAUGGAUUGGCAGGUUACAAGAAUAUAAACCAUUCAGUGUAGGUUUAUUCACUUUCAUGUAUCACUGUUUAAGCAAAGGGUAUUUAAGAAACUAAACAUUAUGUUGAGUAGUUGGUAUGCAUCUGAAUGCCAAAAACACAAGAUACAGAACAAGAAGCUUCCAGGAAAUAUCUCCACAAAAGCCAAAUGUAAAAUGAUGCAAGAAUCACACUUGAAUUGUUGAAAAUAUGUACUUUAAUACAUAUCUCAGGUUUGGAGAAGAUGAAUGAAAAGCACCUGAUGUCGUUAUUAUCUAUGAAAAAAGGAAAGAAAGAUUAAUUCUGUUUAUCUGCCUUUUUUCUUUUGAAGGAGUGCUGUCUUCUUGUAAAUUAUGGACUCAAAUAUUUCUUAUUUUAUGUAAUAUUCACUGAGAAUUGAUAGAUGACUCAAACAUUUAUGUAAAAUAUUACAAAGCCAUUGAACUUAUUAGACAGCUGUUAAGGAUAAUGUAUUUUAUAUUGUGUGUAAUGAUUUAUAGCACUACUUUCAUGAUAAGUACAUCUUAACCAUACCCCACUCACCCAUUUUAGCUGAUGAGAAUACCUCAUACUUUCUCAGUUGUAAGUAAAAUCAACCAAACAGAUGGUUGUCGGACAAGGAUGUAGUGCCCUGUAAGUGCAGUAAACACAGUAAACACAGUGCAGUAGACACUGACAUAUCACAAGAAUCUUUGAAAUUAUACAUUUAAGACCAUUUACAAUGGCGAUCUGUUGUAUUUCUAAAGCAUUUUUCGAGAAAUUAUUUCUCGGGUGAUCAGGGUAUAAAGUACUGGUUUGCGUGCUGUGUAGUAAAGGUUUGUUAAGACAAAUAAAGUGGCAGUUGUGCCUUGUGAAAUUUGCCGUCCAGUUGGCCUGUUAUGGCCAAGUGAUUUUAAAUAAAUAUAUUUGCACAAUCUCUGUUUGUAGUUUUAUUGACAUAUGACCAGAGAAACAAACAAAUAGUGGAGAAUGAAAAUUAAUGAUUAUGAUGGAUGAUAGCUGAUGAUGGUGAUGAUAAUGAUUGUAACAACCAGAGGUAAAAAAAAGAAAAGAAAAAUGGAAGGCAUAAAAGUCUAAAAUAAGCAUGUGCUAAAACUGACAAGGACACCAGACAGGCAAAAACAGAAUUGCAGCAUACAUUGUAAACAGAUGAACAAACUUAUG